CCCUCCCGGUCCGGGAUGCUGCUGCCGCUGCUGCGGAGGAGCUGCUUCCCUUCCUCCUCUCCCGGCGGCGGCGGCAUUGGAGGAGGCGGCGGCGGCUCGGAGAGGGUGGACGGGGCGCGGGGGCCCGGGGCGCGCGGACGGCGGCCCGAGGGCGAGCCGUAUGCGUGCAUGGAUCCGAGCGCCGCGCUGCACCGGCGGCCCGCGGGCGGCGGCCUGGGCGCGGUCUCCCCGGCGCUGUCGGGCGGCCAGGCCCGCCGGAGGAAGCAGCCCCCGAGGCCGGCCGACUUCAAGCUGCAGGUCAUCAUCAUCGGCUCCCGCGGGGUGGGCAAGACCAGCCUGAUGGAGCGCUUCACCGACGACACGUUCUGCGAGGCCUGCAAGUCCACCGUGGGUGUUGACUUUAAAAUCAAGACUGUAGAACUAAGAGGGAAGAAAAUUAGAUUGCAGAUCUGGGAUACGGCAGGACAGGAGAGAUUUAACAGCAUUACCUCAGCCUAUUACAGAAGUGCCAAGGGGAUCAUAUUAGUCUAUGACAUCACCAAGAAGGAGACGUUCGACGACUUGCCAAAAUGGAUGAAGAUGAUCGAUAAGUAUGCUUCGGAAGAUGCUGAGCUGCUCCUGGUUGGAAAUAAGCUGGACUGCGAGGCAGACAGAGAAAUCUCCAAGCAGCAAGGAGAAAAGUUUGCACAGCAGAUAACUGGGAUGCGGUUCUGUGAAGCCAGCGCCAAGGACAAUUUCAAUGUGGAUGAGAUAUUUCUGAAACUCGUUGAUGACAUUCUGAAGAAGAUGCCUCUUGACAUUUUGAGGAACGAGUUAUCCAAUAGCAUCCUCUCGCUACAGCCAGAGCCUGAGAUCCCACCAGAGCUGCCUCCUCCCAGACCACAUGUCCGAUGCUGUUGAUCGGCCGCUUUGGAGACAGAGUGCAAACAGUCCCCGGAAGCGGGGAAACCGUUCUGUUGUGCACUACAAUCAUGUGACAGUUUCCUUUCGCACUUUGUAACCCACGUCAGCUGUACACUAACUUGUAAAUAUGCAAAUAUGCAAUCCUGGGUAAGGUCGGGCUAUGAGCCACAUACUUCCCUUCAAACUGCAUUACUUCCCCGUUACUCCAGUGUGUGGCCUGCGCACGCCGGGAGGUAUGGUACUCCUGGUGUGGAGAGCUGGAGAGAAGAAAGGUGUGCUGUCUCUUGAGGGCUGCAAACGUCCUUGCUAAUUACACUACGAGGCAGAUGCGCCAAUGGGAAGAAAGGGCCUGGUGCUUCGCGUUCCGUUUCAACGAAAAAUCCACAAAACUGAAGAUUUUUUUUGAAAGAGAAGAUAUGACGACUGCCUUUUCUUUAUUUACAAGGCUUCCCCAGCCGUGGCCUCUUGAGGUUUGGAGUAUAUCUGCCCCAAAGCAACGCUCCACAGCCGACAAGGAGUUGUCUAUCGGGUUCUGUAGUGACUUCUCCUAGGCAGAGGGCUGGAUUCCACUGGGUCCCGCGGCUGCAGGAUCUGGAGGUUUCCAGUGGCCGUGAUGGAUGUUUCUAAGAACGACAAAGAUUCGGUUGAAAAAGGACUGUUGGGCAGGGAUUGUAGCUCAGUGUGUUGAGCUUCAGUCCCCAGCACCACAAGGAGGGAGGGAAGGAAAUAAAAGUAAAGUUGAAUUUUUGAAACUAUAGAAGAGAUUUUAAAACCACACUCUGCUGUCCUACACAAAUCCUGUUUAAAGGGAUUUUAAGAGUUACAUUUUACUAUAUCAAAAAGCAUACAUGCAUUUGCCUAGACACCCGUAUCUUUGUAAUGAUGACCUCCCAUUGAUGGUGAAGUUUAUCCUAGAAAGCUCUAGACUGUGUUCAAGUUUUCUUGGGUUUUUUUUUUUCUUGUUUUUUCUUUCUUUUUGUCUGAUAAGGAAUUUGUGAACUCUAUCUUUGGUAUAUCUUUUAUUAAACUGCACUGUUUUGUUUAGUCAAGGUAAAUAAGUAUGUAUUUGAAUAACUUGGUGUGUCCUGAGUGUUGUGCUAUGAGAAGCAUCGUGGUCUUUCUACACUAAUGAAGUGCAAAUAAAAUUUUGUAUUUAUGAAUGACA